UUUGCUACCAGGCGGAUGUUUCCUGCAUUCAAAGUGAGGAUGUCUGGACUCGACAAAAAGGCCAAGUAUAUUAUGUUAAUGGAUAUCGUUGCAUCUGACGAGUGUCGCUACAAAUUUCAUAAUCGGCGGUGGGUAGUGGCCGGCAAAGCUGACCCCGAGAUGCCGAAAGGAAUGUACAUCCAUCCAGACUCUCCAAGCACGGGGGAACAGUGGAUGCAGAAAGUGGUGUCCUUCCACAAACUGAAACUGACCAACAAUAUUUCGGAUAAACAUGGAUACUCCAUUCUGAACUCCAUGCACAAAUACCAGCCCAGGUUUCACCUUGUACGUGCUAACGACAUCUUGAAGCUGCCGUACAGUACGUUCCGUACGUACGUCUUUAAAGAGACCGAGUUUAUUGCCGUAACAGCUUAUCAAAACGAAAAGGUCAGUGAUGUAUAG